UAAAAAAUCAAAAUCAAAAACCAGCUGAACAUAAACAGUACAUAAAGAAAAUUAAAACUUAAAGUUUAGUAUAUUUUGGAUAUUCGUUGAGUUAAAAGCGAUGGAAGAGUGAUAAGAAUUGCUAUAAAUAUGAUAUUAAUAGAUAUCAAAAAGUGCAUUUAUUUAUCAACAAUUUAACAAAAUUGUGCAAAAAAGUGAUAAAUUAAAAAAGAGAGAAUGGAAUGAUAAAUUGUGUUUUUAAAAAGAAUGAUGGAAUUGGGAAUGUAAAAUCAAAUUAUUUUAAUGUCUAGAUGAGAAACGAAGAAGAAAAGAAAGUCAAAUGGUUCAGAAAAUAUCAUCAGAAGAAUUAAAAAAGCAAUAAUUAAAUUUUAUGUUUUUAGUGCUGCAAAUUAAAAGAGAAUCCGUGAAAUUAGUUUAAAAAAAAUAAUUAAUGAUAUUAAAUAGUUUAGUAUGAUUCAUAUAAUGUCAAGAAACAAGAUAAAUCUUAUUGGAAUUGUCACCAUCACACUGAGUUUUUGUGUAUUAUUAUUUUUUGCAACCAAAAAUUCAAAUUAUUACGAUGAAUACACCAAAAAAGAGAAUAUUAACUCAUUUAGACACAAUAAGCUUAAGAACAAUUAUUAUUAUUCGUCAGAAUCACAACAGCAGCAAUUAGUUACGCAAAAUUUGUCGGUAACAAUUGAGGAUGUACUCAACUUCCAGAGACAGCAACUUGCUGAUGAAAUGCAAUAUUAUGAAUAUCCAAAUGGUAGAUUUGGUGUAGAUGCUAAGAAUUUACGUGAUUUGACACCGGAGACAGGUGGAGCGCCAAUGAGAAGUGUCAUAAUUAGUACAUGGAGGAGUGGAUCGACGUUCCUAGGAGACGUUUUAAAUGCUCUGCCUGGCAAUUAUUAUCAUUAUGAGCCUUUAUUAACAUACGAUAUCGUACAGAUACGAGGUCCGCCUAAUGAUAGUAAAGCAAUUAAGAGCUUAAAAAAAUUACUUAGAUGUGAUUACACAAAUAUGCAAGAAUAUCUUGAAUUUGGACAAACACACAACUAUUUAUUCACACACAAUACACGUUUAUGGAAUCAAUGUCAUUUGUUUCCAAACUUUUGCUAUCAACCCAAGUUCCUUGAGCCUUAUUGCAAGCUGUUCCCGUUGCAAAGCAUGAAAGUCGUGAGACUGAGGUUAAAAAUCGCAGCACGUUUGCUGGAGGAUACAAGCCUAAAUGUGCGAAUUUUGUUAUUGAUUCGUGAUCCACGAGGAUUUUUACAAUCUCGAAAGCAUCGAGUGUGGUGUCCUGGAAAUGCUGACUGUGAUAAUCCUAAUAUUGUAUGCAAAGAUUUGGUCUCUGACUACAAAGCAGCUGAGAAGCUGGCUAAAAAAUAUCCAAUGACUUUUAAAGCUGUGAGGUAUGAAGAUUUGUCAUUAUCACCAUACGAUAUGACGCAAGAAGUUCUUCAAUUUUAUGGACUUGCAUUCGACGAUCGUGUUGCAGAAUUUCUUGAUACACACACAAAACAAAAUGUAGGUGGUGUGAGUUCAACGUUUAGAGACUCGAAAUCAGCGCCAUUUCACUGGACGAAAGAAUUACCGUAUAAUGAAAUUCAAUAUAUACAAGAUAGUUGUAAAUUAGCAAUGAAAUUGUGGGGUUACAAGGAAGCUUCCAACGCAAGUGAACUUUUAAAGAAUUUUAAUCCACUUUUACCAUUUCCUGAGUUCAAUUAAUGAAUAAUUUAACAAAAAUCUAAAUUUUAAGUCUUUUUUAUGUUUACGGAAAAAAAAAGUUUAACUUUUUGUGUUGAUGGCUUUCUAUAAGUUUUUGUGGUCUGUUGAUUUAUUGAUACCAAGUAAAAUUCCUCAAACCUAAGCAGUAUUUAAUAGUCAAAUUAAUAGUGAAUAUUGUUAAGAAGAAAACUUUGCCGAAAAUUUGAAUAGCAAAUUUUUAUGGCCGAAAAUUAAAGUCGCAUUCAAAUUAAUAAACAGCUUAAUUUCCAGCAGACCACAAAGGAAUAUUUUAAGCGCAUUUUUAAAGGAUAAGCAGCUUAAUAAUACACUUUGAUUGACUUGGUCAACGAAUUUAAAAAAUGUUAACUGAAAUUUGAAUUUCAGAGAAAAAGAUUUGAAAUGCUGUUAAAAAUGUAAAUGUUGAAGGGUAGUAAAAAAAUUGAAUUUCAAAAAGCUGUUAAAAAUUUAAAUGUCAAAAAACCCGUUAAAAAUUUAAAUUUUAAAUUCCC